CCAAGUUUUUUUUUUUUUUUUUUAAAGUUUUUUUCCCCCUUUUUUUUUUUUUAUUUUUGUGUAUCGCUUUUUCUCUCUCUAUAUGGAACCCAAUUGGAAUUGAAUUUGCGAUCGAGGAACAUCACCUCAGUGCCAGAGACAGUAGUGACAGCUGUAUCCACCAGCAAACGCGAAAUCCCUUUCAGAUUUCGCUGCUGCCGCAAGAUCCCACUUCCCUAGCCGGUGUUUUCCACCGCUGUUUCUGCAAUCGUAGGGUUUGGGUUUUUGGUUCCUGGUUUUGCGCGUUGCGCUCCUCAGCCAUGGCGGCUUCUUCGGGUUCCAGCUGGCGCGAGGGGAUGUCCGCCGAUAACGUCAAGGGGCUCUGCCUCGCUCUCUCCUCCAGCUUCUUCAUCGGCGCCAGCUUCAUUGUCAAAAAGAAGGGCUUGAAGAAAGCUGGUGCUAGUGGAAUUAGGGCAGGAAAUGGAGGUUAUUCUUACUUGUACGAGCCACUUUGGUGGGUGGGGAUGAUAACAAUGGUGGUUGGUGAGAUUGCCAAUUUCGCAGCAUAUGCAUUUGCCCCAGCUAUAUUGGUCACCCCACUUGGUGCUCUCAGCAUUAUUAUAAGUGCUGCUCUUGCUCAUAUUAUUUUAAGGGAGAGGCUGCAUAUAUUUGGAAUUCUUGGCUGCGUAUUGUGUGUUGUGGGGUCUACAACCAUUGUUCUACAUGCUCCUCAAGAACGGGAAAUUGAGUCAGUAAGAGAUGUAUGGAAUCUUGCUAUGGAUCCAGCAUUUCUCUUCUAUGCAGCGUUGGUCAUAACUGCUGCCUUUAUUCUUAUCUUCCACUUCAUUCCUCAAUAUGGCCAGACACACAUAAUGGUUUAUAUUGGUGUCUGUUCCCUUGUGGGCUCUUUAUCGGUUAUGAGUGUUAAGGCUCUUGGAAUUGCUAUAAAGUUAACUCUGUCGGGGAUGAAUCAACUAAUUUACCCUCAGACUUGGGCAUUCACUCUAGUUGUAGCUGUUUGUGUUCUUACCCAAAUGAAUUAUUUGAAUAAGGCACUGGACACAUUUAAUACAGCAGUGGUAUCUCCCAUAUACUAUGUUAUGUUCACAACAUUAACCAUUGUGGCUAGCGUCAUCAUGUUUAAGGACUGGGAUGGGCAAAGUCCAACACAAGUUGUCACGGAAAUAUGUGGGUUUGUGACAAUACUUUCAGGAACUUUUCUCCUUCACAAAACUAAGGAUUUGUCUGAUGGUUUACAAUCAUCUUUAUCUAUUAGACUUCCUAAGCACUCAGAAGAGGAUGGGGGCGAGGGCAUCCCUCUGAGACGGCAAGAAUCCAUGAGAUCACCGUGAUACAUUCUUUGUGUAGCGUCGCAUCUUGCACAUCUGACAAGCUUGAGUCGCUGGGGGAGGGACUUUGCCAAGGUCAUUGUGUAUUUUACUGAUUAUUUCCUUCCCCAUCGUAUUAUUUUUUUGUGAUACAGUUGGAGUGGAAGGAUAAGUUUUUCAUGUCAUUGUUUUCGGGGUCCUGGUGAUUAUGGUAUCGGAUCUUGCACUUGCAUUGUAUACUCUUCCCUCCCUACCUCUUCCCUCUACACACGGAAGACAAACGGCCAAUGUAAUUUUCUGCACACUGAUUAUAUAUAGUGUAUCUCUCAGUUAAAUCAGAGUAUUCUCCAUCAAAUUUUGAACUGGAUAGCCUAGCAAUGUUAUUAUCACUAUCUGCUGUUUGAACUGAGCUGAACAAAAUCGGUCUCUCCACUUGUCAGUGCAAAAUGUGGCAAUCAGCCAAUCACAUAACAGGACAAAUGGUUUGUGUAUACAUGCCUCGGUGACGAGGGAACUUCAUAACUUGUAAUCUUUUCUGGAGUUGGUUCGACUAACGCUGUAAUUUAAUGGAAGCUGCUUUUAUCAGGGGACUA